AUGGGCGACACGGACGGGCAUCAUUUCUACCUCAUGAGUCCGCGCAGGCACAUGAUCAGUCUCUUCCUCGGCGAUGGCGGUGUAAACGUCUACAAUCCGAACAUCUAUCAUGAAGGCCUUCAUCGCCUGCAGCAGAACUUGCUGAGGGAACGUCUCGCUGACUGGACAUGUCCGGACUUGGGCGAGCUGGCGCACGGAGCCUGCACCGCGAGCUGGGGAGGUUGGGGUGACCGGUUCCUCCAGCUCGGAAACUGGCGAUUGGGUGCCCUUGACACGGGCCACUUCGGGAUUUGUCACAGGAAUGGCAUUAACGCCCACAUGUACAGGCACGAUGGCACGGUGUUCCCUGCAAGAAAUGACCCCCAACUUUGGAGAAGGCCGCUUGGUUUCCCCUACGGCAUCACCUUCGGCAAGGACUUCAUCCAAAUUGGGAGCUUCCGCAUUAUGGCAGGGGACAAGAACCACAUGAGCAUCUCUCAUCCAGAGUUCAUCGGUGUGAACUUCCGGGGCCAUGACGCGACGAUGUGGUUAGGCAAGGAAACGCACGACAAAGCGGCCUCGGAGAAGUGGAGCGGUUGGUGGGGAGAACACGCGAACAAAGACAGUGCCGGGCGUGCCGGGCCUACACGUGUCAUGUAUGGGGAUCGAGUCUUACAGAUCGGCAACUUCCGGAUCGGGCAGAUGGAUUCGGGCGAUGAUCUGCUUUUGACGCAUGUGGACGGUCAUCUCAAGCACACCGUGAGCCGCUUCACCUCGUCCGGACAAGUUCACACGAACCAGGACUACAACGAUUUCACGCGCCACGUCAUCUACCGGCCAAUGCAGUACCACUGCAGCAGUUUGGAGGAUACAUCCAAGCCCAGUCCUUACCAGCCUACAGUCGUAGACUCCUGCCCGCCCUGUGCCCUUUAA